UUUUGACGUAAAAAGGGUUCUCUGAAUUAACCUUGCAUUAGUUCUUGAUGAUUAAGACUGACAUUCUUGUAUGAAAAUAUGGUGUAUGUUUCACAGCUUUGGAUAUUUUUUGGUGCUCUGUUGUCUUCAAAUGCUCUGGACCACUGGAAUACAAGAUGUAGAGAUGUCACCAUCAACGCCCUUCUGAAAUCUGAAGUUCUUAUCCCAUGUUCAUUUGAUAUAAACCAUUACAAUGAAAAUGAAACAAUAAAAUGGAGCCACUAUUCCAGUCUUGUAACAAUCUCGAUUAAUGGCAAAAUCGUCAUUGAUAGUCCGAGAGAAGGACGAGUGAGCUCUUUCCCUAAUCUGGCCAGAGGAGGAAACUUCUCCAUCCUCAUACAUGAUCUGGAGCAUUCAGACCUCGGCACCUAUUUAUGUGAGCUGAACAGUAAAUGCUGGAGGGUGAACAUCAUGGAAUUUUCAGAAAUUUCAGAAACUGAAGAGCUGAGCUCCAAUCGCAAUUCCUGGUUAUUCUUUUUUGCUGGAGCUGGAUUGUUUGUUCUUCUUUUUAUUAUAGUCAGUCGCACUGGCUUACAAAACCGUUUGCUGUCCUCGGCAGAAAAAUGCUUGAGAUCAUCCAAAUCUAACUCCUCUAAUGAAAAACACCAUGAAGAACAUGAAUCUUCAAGUCAAACUUCUAAUAUCCGACAGCGAGUAUUCAGAACUCCAGAUCCAAAUGACUAUACGACAUCUACAGUAAACUAUGUCAUCCAGGCAUAAUAUUUCAGCUGAAAAGGUGCUGACAAGAGGUGAAAAUCAUGACUUCCUAUUUCAAAUUAUUAAUCUGUUUUUUUGUUGUUGUUGUUUGUUUCAAUAAUGGCUUGUCUUACUGUUGUUCUUUACUCAAUCAUGUGCUACUGUUUUGAAAUGUUUUUCUAUUAAC